AGCCGUCCCUAUAACAUUGUCGACGGCAACUUGAACGGCGGGCAACAGCACUACAAGCACCAAAUACCUGACUUCCAAAAGACAUAAUAAUAAGAUUUGGCUGCUCCGCUCUUCGGCUGCUCCCGCCCCUCUUCUCUCCCACUGCCACUGCACUCGCUGCCCUCAAUUCAAUCAACACUGCACUGCAAUCAAUGCUUCACUACUAUAGAUACACUCGACUUGCUCUGCUCUUCGACCGCUUGAGGCUCUCAUCCCCAGUUUUCAAUAAACCCAGAUCACCCACUAUCAUCAGAAAAGCAGUCCCCUAGGUCUUUUCUAGACCCUUGCCCGUCUGCACCCCAUUCAUUAUUGUUGAUAUCGCCAACCAGUGACAUUAUUGUCCUUGUUGAGCUGUCCCAUCCGCUUCAGACGUUCAGCCCGAUCCUCAGGAUCAGGCUCCAAACCUUGAAACUCUGGCGGCGCAUCUAAGGUCCGCCGCCAACCUGGCCGAGUCCCCAACGGAAGACAUGGUCAACAAUCUGGUCGACCACGUCUUUGGCUAUAGUCUUGCGGAUCCCGAGCACCCAUGGAACCAGAGAGGAUACAAAGCGCACCUCGCCAAAGAACCCAGGAGCCCAUCAGAAGACCCCUACGGCGAAAAAGCCUAUCAACGAGCUUUCGCAGAGGAUAUAUCUCGGAGGAAACCAUUCGUUCCCUGUCCUGCCUAUUAUGUUAAUUCCCCCAGUGCCAUGGAGUGCCAAAGCCACAGAGAUAGAGAGUUGUUUGCUCCUCGGGAAUGGACUCCCGAAUCCCUAGCCGCCCAGAAACGGUAUAAACCAGAGAUCCAACCGCAGUAUCUCUGGCGACCCGACCUACAAUAUUCACCACAACAACUGCAACAACUACAACUACUGGUACAGUCACAAGCGUCACAACCACAACCGCCACCGCCACCACAACAACAACCACAACCACAACCACAGCAUUAUCAACAGCCACCCCAGACCCCAUCAUACCAUCAACCCGUCACACCUACCAUGGAACAGCAACCAGGUCCCCAUCCCGAUGAAAUGCUCCCCUCUCCCAAAUACAGAGACGAGACUCCUCGCUCGGCCAACAAAAAGACCAAGAGAGAUCACAACAAGAGUAUUUCCUCGACUUCUUCGUCCGGCCCACGGCCCUGGAAUAAAAGGCAGGACCCUCAGCCCAUCACCCCAAAGCCACUCUUACCUGCUGCUAUCAGACCAUCUCCACACCAGGAGCCCGCAUCUCCGGCGCAACUUCAAAUGCCAGUGACGGACUCGGCUCCAAUGUCCAUAGCGGAGCAAUACACCCCAAGUCCAGACCAAUAUCGCUUGUCUCAUUCCGAGCAAUAUCCUCCGGGGAGCAGCUCAGGUCAGAACCGGAUGCAGGUGGCACCCGAGAUUCCGUGCUUCCUCGAGCCUCGCGUUGAGCCUUCACUUGGCCCGCCCCGGAUGUUGCGAUGAGCAGAAUGGACAUGACUGUCGUCGUAUUGCCUUGAUGGAUCAAAAUAGCUGUGGCUUUUUGUUCACCGCCUAGUUUGGUUUGGAAGAUGCUGCCAGACACACUGGGCACGACGACUUCUGCCAAUCCAUGCAGCACCUGCUCACCUUCAUCAAGCUGCCACUGUUGCUGUCGGCAUUGGACAUGAUGAGUGUGGUUCGUUUCAACUCAAGCUCUUCAUGCUCUUCGAAGACAAAUACUGUCCUUACAGCCUUUCUUUAUACGAUUUAUGGAUUUCUCAAAACAAAACAGGGAAUAUGCCGAUUGAUGACGACCGAUUAGUUGGAGCCACUGGUGAUCUCAUUUCACCGAGAUUUCGCUGCGGUGGAGCAAACACUGUAUCAAGAAGGAUCACAGACACAAGCUUCGUUGAGGCACGACAGAACCUGCCUUGCCUUGUGUCGCUUAUUUCUUUUCUUUACUCUCCUUUCCCCUCAUGAUUCAAACCAGAUGGCUGGAUGGAGAAACGGUCGGACGGAGGACUGUCACGAUGACGGAGAUCAUUCCCCAGCAUGUCGGCAUUGGGUGCUCACGCCCGUCAAAAGAAACAAGACACAGACACGAUAACUUCAGGAGACAAAAUGGUAUUAUGAACGAUAUGAAAUAAUAUGAGAUUUCAUGAUGUGAAUGACGAUUUUCCUUGUUUGGCGUUACGCCAAUACAGUGUGAUGUGCUAUGUGACAUUGGGGGAUAGCAAUAGGGUGUCUGAUGGCCAGGGCCAAGAUGUGAUAGACACAGGUUAGGAUAGGACAGGACAGGGUAUGCCGGUCUGGGACGGAAGACAAAAGGGGAGAUUGAGGAGGUGGUGUUCCGGGUAUACUCAAAGUCAAGGGUUAAGGGGUGGGAGGAUCCAACGGCAACCAAAAGGGUUCAAAGGCGGUAAUGAUACGAAUUAGGAUAUUAUGGUCUGGUCUGGGUAUGAUACGACAUAGUCUGGUCUGGUAUGAUCUGUUCUCAUAUGGUGCAGUAUGGUAAGGUAUAUGCAUGGAGAUGGAUAUUGGACAAUCCUGAAUACCUUUUGAAUUUUCUUCAA